AUGUCGCCUCCAACUCCAGGUCCAUCGCAAGCGAACCUGUCCCAAACACCCUCCUCCACGCUCGGCAACAAGGCGGAAUGGUACGACUCGAUGCUCACGCAUCUCUCCACCCAACCCACCUGGCCCUCGGACAAAGAAUCCGCCAUUCUGGAACCGUACACCUACCUCGACUCCAACCCUGGCAAAGAAGUUCGCACCAAACUCAUCGAAGCUUUCAACGUCUGGCUUCAGGUCCCAACGGGCAAACUCGACGUGAUCUGUUCCGUAGUUCGAAUGCUCCACACCGCCUCCCUUCUAAUGGACGAUGUGGAAGACUAUUCUGAUCUCCGUCGUGGAAUCCCCGUCGCGCACAAGAUCUACGGUGUACCUCAAACCAUCAAUACCGCCAAUUAUGUCUACUUUUUGGUGUUCAGCGAGAUCUUCUGCAUGAACGAACCACCUUGUUCCCACCAGGAAGGCUCUUGCCCACCUCUCUCGCCGAAUACAGGGGAAGCGAGGGCAACAGUGGAGAGAUUAGUCGUGGACGAAUUAAUCAAUCUCCAUCGAGGUCAAGGAAUGGAUCUACUCUGGAGAGACAGCCUAACCUGUCCAACCGAAGAAGAGUAUGUGGAGAUGGUAAACAACAAAACAGGAGGAUUGUUUCGGAUAGCGGUCAAGUUGAUGCUUUCGCAAUCUCCACCGGCGAGAGGGGUAGGAUUUCCAGAUUUGAUACCAGUGGUGAAUCUGAUUGGAUUGCUGUUUCAGAUCCUGGACGAUUUUAUGAAUCUGCAGAGUAGUAAGUAUGCUGAGAACAAAGGAUUUGCUGAGGAUUUGACUGAGGGGAAGUUUAGUUUUCCUAUUAUACAUAGUAUUAGGGCUAGUGUCCGGCAGGGAGCCACUGGCGGAGGAGAUGACAAGGGGCAGGGAUUGAAGGUUCCCAAUCCAACCCUAACUUCAGGUGGUAGGGGAGGAGGAGCGAAUAGGCAGAUUCUGAAUGUGUUAAAGCAACGGCCGACGGAUUUAGCGACGAAACAAUACGCCGUUUCGUACAUGCGAAAUGUAACAAAGUCGUUCGACUAUACGACAGACGUACUCCAACGGCUCGACGCCCAGGCAAACAAGGAGAUAGCGCGGCUAGAGCAGGUUCUAGGAAUCGCCAACCCCGGAUUGAAAGCGAUACUGGAGGCUUUGAAAACGAGUUGGAAAGCAGCAUAA